CUUCGCCUGGUCCGCACCUCAAAACCGUGAUGUAGCAUAACGUGCGGUUCGAUGUGGAACAAUUCUCCGUGGUAACGCGUAAAUAGGCGAUUAUUAUUCCUUGGAAUACAUAAUCGGACUGAGGUGUUUGGAGGAGCGAGCUGCAGACAGCGUCUCAGGAAAUCACCACAUCGCUUAAUAUGUGGAAGCACGUUGAGGAAUGCUGUAGGUCAGCGGCCCUGCUGACAUCAUAGACGUUGUACUUGGAUUCCCGUCGUAAUCACAACUCCUGACCACAACAAUGGCCCCAUCCAGUCGAACCUUCCACUGGGCGGACUAUCUCCUGUUCAUCCUGAUGCUUGCCGUAUCCUCCGCCAUUGGCGUCUUCUACGCAUGCCAGGCCCGGCGGAAGGCGAUCACGAUGGACACCCAUCUGACGGGAGGCAGGAAAAUGACCCUUAUCCCCGUCACCUUCUCCAUCUGCGUCAGCUUCAUGUCUGCCGUCUUCAUCCUCGGCAUACCCUCCGAAAUCUACAACAACGGCGGCAUCUACUGGCUCUACGCCAUCGGAUACAUCCCCGUCUACAUCGUCAGUGCUUUUGUCUUCGUCCCCAUGUUUACCAAUCUCAACCUCAGCAGCGGAUACCAGUAUUUGGAGCGUCGGUUCAACGGUUACAUCCGGGUUCUCGGUUCAGCCACCUUUACGUUUGAAAUGGUGAUCUAUAUGGGCAUUGUGAUGUAUGCUCCGGCACUUGCGCUCAGUCAAGUGACGUCAUUCUCCACCGAGAUGUCCAUUCUCAUCAUGGGUUUGGUCUGCACUUUCUACACUUCUAUAGGCGGCAUCAAGGCUGUGAUCUGGACCGACGUCUUCCAGAUGUGCAUCAUUACGGCGGGGUUAUUGGCCCUGAUGAUCCAGGGGGCCAUCAGUGUCGGAGGGUGGCAGGUGGUGCUGGACAGGGUCCGAGAGGGAGGAAAACUGCCUUACUUUGAGUGGAACCCCGAUCCGUUUGUACGUCACACAUUCUGGACGCUGUCUGUGGGCGGCUUCUUUACGUCACUGACGGUGUUCGCCGCUAACCAGGCCGUGCUACAGCGUUACAUGAGUCUCCCCACCACCAAGCAGGCCAAGCUGUCUCUGCUCCUCAAUCUCCCCCUUGCUGAGAUCUUCUUGGCGCUGGUGUGCCUCAACGGAUUCGUCAUCUACGCCCGCUUCUACAAGGAAGACCCCCUAAAGACCGGCAGCAUCACCAAGGCCGACCAGAUUGUGCCGUUCUUCAUGAUGGACACACUGGGCUUCAUCCCUGGCCUGACCGGACUGUUCGUUGCCAGCGUCUUCAGUGCAGCCUUGAGCACGGUGUCUUCGGGCAUCAACUCUCUGGCUGUUGUCACCAUCGUGGACUUCGUCAAGCCUGCCCUAGACAGGUUCCGAUCUGGCCGGACCUCAGCUCGACUCAUCGCCAUCCUCUCCCUAGUCACUGCUAUCAGCUACGGUGUAAUAACGACAGGUGUGGCCUACCUCGCGGGACAACUUGGCUCCACGGUGUUGCAAAUUGCUCUCAGCAUAUUCGGCAUGGUUGGAGGGCCACUACUGGGCAUCUUCGUCAACGGGAUGUUCUUCCCGUGUGUCAAUGCUUGGGGAGCGGCCUCAGGACUGGUGUGCAGUCUGUCGGUGUGCAUGUGGCUGGGAAUUGGCGGAGCCAUGUACCGAGCAAAACAUGUCGUCAGCUCCCACUACUUCAACAGCACCAACGUCAUCACAUUUACCAACGCCAGCAUCAACACAACACAUACCGUUUUACAAUUUGUCAACACAAACACAUCAUUGUAUGUCAAUCAUACUUUGGGUAAUUCAACAGCCAAAUACGUCAACGACAUGACGACGACGUUGCCAUCGCCCACGAAUGUUACGGGAACAGAUGACGGUGCAGCAAUGACGACUGGACUGGACGCGUUCCUGUCCAAGUGGUACAGCCUGUCCUAUCUCCACUACGCCACUGUUGCCCUCACCGUGUCGGUCCUGGUAGGCGUCCUGGUCUCUGCAUGUACAGGUUUUAAUAAGAAGCGAUACGUGGAUAGAGACACAUAUUAUGACAUACUGAGUUGUUGCAGAUCCAAGACAGACAAAAAGUACGACCUUAAUUCGUAUGGGAUUACUGAUUUGUCGCACCCUGACACGAACGGCAAGAAGACAGAGCUAGUCAACCUCCGCGAGACCAGCAUGAAUUCCCACGAGUCUAUACACGACGGUUCCAAUGUCUGACAGAGUCGACGUGUUAGACAGUUUUAGAAUUUGUUUCCGACAAAAAUAUAUGUACAGUUAUUACAGAAAACGCAGAUCGUUAUGCUCAAACCAGACAUAAGUAAAUUGGAAAAAAAAACCCACAAGAUUUACUGUCUCAAUCAGUAGAAUACAUUAAAACAAGUAAACGUAAAAACAACGAAUUGUAACGAAUCUUUACUCCUCCGCAUCCAAAUAUUUCUCCUGAGUACUCCUUCAGGAAAAACGGAAAUGUGAAAAUAUAUUUGUUAGACUCUUUAUUUGGUCCACAAUGACACAAAUCUGGCAUUAUAUGUUUUGUUGCUUAUAUGAGGUGCUGGGAAUCAGAGCAUAAGUAUGUGAUAACUGCUAUAUUAGCCAGGCGACUUGUCUGAAUUUGGGAAGUGGGAUUCUAGUUUAUAUUUGAUCAUCUUUGAAGUGUUCAUACAUUCAGAGAGAAAUAUGUUUAUAUUAGUGUGUCAGUUACAUGUGUUUAUCACUUCAGACCAGCGUGCCUUGACGAACACGUGGUUGUAGGGAACAAACAGGGUAUACCUCUACAUCACGCCAUACCCACCUGUCAUGUGCUGCCAUUGUCCUAAUCACGUUCAGUCACGCGUUCAAUGUUAUGCCGAUUGAAUACACCUAGCAUACAAUGCAUAUGUAUAAAUGUCUGGAGGACACUAAAGUUUUAAUAUGUAUCGGGAUAUUUAUGGUCAAAGUCAUGUAAUGGCGAUCGACAAGGUUACAUUUAGACUGAGAUAAUAUGUAUCUCUGAUAUGCUCACAUUUAUGCUCACCACACUCCCUUUGCUGUUUUGUCUGCCAUCACCUUCCUUAUCUAACCACCACCGCCAUAUAGCUGGAAUAUUGCUGAGUGCGGCGUAAAACUAAACUCACUCACUCACCCUUAUCUAACAAUGAAUCCUUUUUUCUGCCAUCACGUUUUGUAUCAGGCUUUAAUUCCUUUGCUAUAUCUAUUAAUCUUGCAUCUUGUAUAAGUUGCUUCUUCAUUCCUGUAUUCCCUUUCGGGGUCUGCAUGUCCUUCGGUUUGUGUUGUGUCCACGGAAAUUAUUAAACCUGGAAAUAGAACUGGAAAUCCAUACACCUAUACGAUACCAUUCAUGGUAGCUUUGCGGAGUUACCUCCCUUGUGCGUGUCAGAAACGUGUUGGAAUACCAGUUCAUCUCUACUGUUUCUUCGUUUACCAUCACAAUACAGGUGCUUACGGGUUUCACCUAAGUGGUAGAGGCCAGUGUCACCUUUGUCAUUCCACUCACUCACUCACCGAGAAUCAGGGACAUAAGCUACCACCUAGACUGAUGACCGGUUCAUUUGCUUUGUACCAAAGCCCUGAAUUGGUCAAUGUGUUGCACUGUAAUUUGUUAGUUACUGUUUGUGAAAGAGACGCCGUGCUUUGUAUUACGUAGUCAUUUAGUCAUGUUUUAACAUUCAUUUGCAAUGCCAACCUAGUCCCGUGAUAGGUAAACAGUGUAUCGUCGUGUAUUUCGUUUCAAGGUAAACAGUAUGUUGACAUGUUUUUCGUUUCUAGGUAAGCAGUAUUUUGCUAUGUAUUUCGUUUCUAGGUAAACAAUAUAUCGCCAUGUAUUUCGUUUCCAGGAAAGCAUUAUGUUGCCAUGUAAUACGUUUCCAGGAAAACAGUAUGAUGUCAUGUGUUUCGUUUCUAAAACUUCCGGUGCAGAGUAGUGUCCCUUAACAUACCAGGAUCCGACUGGCGUCUAUUCGAAAAAGGACUCUAUAGUUGUUGGCCAUAUCCGUACUUGUGUUAAUGUCUCUCGCCUUAGUCACUUUGGUCUCUCUCCACAAAGAAGCUGAGAGGCUCUAAUAUCUCUGAAAUGCCGGUUAAAGUAGCGUUUAAAUCACUCUAGAGUUGACACUUGUAUUGUAAGAGGGGGCGAGUAAAAGCAGGAACCAAACACUUCCGGAAAUACCUCCAGUCGGAUGGUGGUGGUGGUGGAAUUGGGUUUAACGUCGUGCUUGAGAAUAUUUCGCUCAUAUAAUAAUAAUAAUAGUGGGUAUUUGUAACCGCGCCUAUAUCCGUGCAUUCAAUGCUCGCUCAAGGCGCUACAGCACACAUAUUAUUACCCCGGAUAACCCAAGCUGCCUGUUAGGCGCUAGAAGGUUAUAGUCACAUGACUUAUCCAAACGGGUACCCAUUUUCCUGCUGGGUGAACAGAGACAAUGUUGAACAAACU